AGAGAAAAUUGAGUUCUUGCAUUUUCUCGACCAGUCGGUUUUGGUUAUCGAUCCGGUCAGUGGCGAAGUAUUUGUGGCAGGACAGACGAGAAGCUGCUAAACGAAAGUAAAUCUAAGACUUUGCAAAUGCCAGAAAGAAAAUAGAGAAAAACAAAAAAUAUAAUAACGACCGGGCAUCAGCAGCUUUUUAACCAUUUUCGCGUUCAACACGAAUAAUUUCCAAUCGAGAGCCAACCGUCUGUCGACGUUCGAUAUAUUUUUACCUUUGAGUGUUUGCCGUUUACGUGAAAGAGAUUUUCCCUGGUACAAACGCAACAUAUUAUCGGGAACAUAAUCGAUUUAGGGACAUUUUGUGAGUAAAAGUUUCGCAGAUUGUUGUGCGGUCGCGCUUCUGGGAAUCUUUUUAAAACGCGUGUGAUUCAGAACAGUGCAAGCGGAUAUGUAUCCUCACACUUUCAGUGCUUUCUUAGGGGCAAGAUUUGAGCCCCCAAAUCAAUACAACCGAAAUGUUGGAGGCAAUGGAGCAAACGGAGCCAAUAACACAGGGGACGGUUCACAUUUAGUGAAUGGUGGCAGCAAUGCUGCAAACGGUGGAAUGUUCCCAUCAUCGAUAGGCUUCCCAAAUGGUGGCGGUGGCGGCGGUGGUAAUGGGAACGGCAACUAUGGCGGUGGUGAAUUUGUAAGAAAUUCAAAUGGACGCGGUGGCUAUGGAAAUGCAAUGGCCAACGGCAUGAAGGGUCCAAUGAUGCGAAACAUGGGCAGUCGUCCAGCGGGCUUCUACAAUGGCCAGAAAAUUUCGAAUCUGGCCAAUGGCGGAGGUGGUUACAAUGGUGGUGGUGGAUACAUCCCACGUAAACCGGCCAACGGAUUUCCAGCUAAUGGCAAACCAAACGGCAAAGUUUACUAUCAGAACAGCUCGGUACAUCAUAUGAAUGGAAUGGGGGCACCAAAUGGUGGACUCUACGGCCCAACAAUGGGAGUCAAAGCUCCAAUAAACAAAGAAUAUCUCAGCAAGGAGGAGCGCGCUAAACUCCAAAGUGAGAAAGCAAAAAAUCCCGGCAAACUGCUAGUGAAACCAGUCUGGGAGAACCUCCAACCAUUCAAGAAAAACUUCUACGUACCUCCACCAAAUUCCCUAAACCUUACUGAACAGGAUAUCAUUGAAUUGCGUAACAGUCUCCAGAUAACAGUUGUCGGCAACGCUGUACCUAAUCCAUGUUCAUGCUUUGAUGAGAUCUGUUUCCCGGAAUACGUAGUAAACGAAAUGAAAAAGCAAGGCUUCCUUAAGCCUACCGCCAUCCAAUCGCAAGGUUGGCCCAUCGCUCUAUCCGGUCGUGAUUUGGUUGGCAUUGCACAAACAGGAUCCGGAAAAACUCUCGCGUAUAUGCUACCUGCCAUGGUGCACAUAACACACCAGAAGCGCAUUUCCCGCGGUGAUGGUCCUAUUGUUUUGGUCUUGGCUCCAACUCGCGAACUUGCCCAGCAAAUUCAAGCCGUCACUCGCGAUUUUGGAAUUCAAUCUCAACCGCAAAUACGACAUACCUGCGUCUUUGGUGGCUCACCGAAAUUACCACAGGCUCGAGAAUUGGAACGUGGUGUUGAAGUUGUGAUCGCCACGCCAGGACGUCUGAUUGAUUUUCUCGAGAAGGGAAUAACAAAUUUGCAACGCUGUACAUAUCUGGUCUUGGAUGAAGCCGAUCGUAUGUUAGAUAUGGGAUUUGAGCCGCAAAUACGGAAGAUCAUCGAACAGAUUCGCCCUGACCGACAAGUUUUAAUGUGGAGUGCCACUUGGCCUAAGGAAGUUCAAACGCUUGCUGAGGACUUCCUCGCUGAAUAUAUCAAGAUCAAUAUUGGUUCGCUCAAUUUAGCGGCUAAUCACAAUAUUCGGCAAAUCAUCGAUAUAUGCCAAGAGGAAGAGAAGGAAACAAAGAUCGUUAACCUUUUGCAAGAGCUAGCUUCCGACCGCAACAAUAAAAUCAUAAUUUUCGUCGAAACCAAGAAAAAAGUCGAAGACAUCCUGCAAUGCAUUCGCCGGGAAGGACACACAGCUACUUCUAUUCAUGGAGAUAAAUCUCAAGCAGAGCGUGAUUAUGUUUUGCAAGAUUUCCGUUCCGGCAAGUCCUCGAUUCUAGUAGCAACCGACGUUGCAGCUCGUGGACUGGAUGUCGAGGAUGUCAAAUAUGUAAUCAACUAUGACUACCCGAACUCAUCCGAGGAUUACAUUCAUCGUAUUGGCCGAACAGGUCGAUGCCAGCAAUUAGGCACUUCGUACACAUUUUUCACCCACGGCAAUGCCCGACAAGCUCGCGAAUUGAUUGCCGUCCUUGAAGAGGCUGGACAAAGCCCGCCUGCUAAUUUAGUAGAGUUGGCACGAAUGGCUUCAGGUGGAAAGGGUGGCCGAAAUAGUAUGGGCAUGAAUGGAAAACGGUGGAUGGUUCGCCCUACUAAUGGAAUGCAGUCUAAUCAACAUCAAGAUGGACAAAGUAUUGCCAUGAAUGGCGAUGGAAUGAAGAAAAUCUACCCUAAAAAACCCUGGAUGGGUAAAGAUAACUUAGUGGCUGGUGGAAUGGGUGGUCCUGGUAUCAACAACACUCGCACAUGGAAGAAUCAUAACACCAACGGCAAUGUCUGGCAUAACAGCGCCAACAAUGGUGAAGCAUUAGAAGAUCAAGCGAAUGGCAGCAAUUCAAGUGGGGAAAAGCAUCGCCCGCACUACAACCAGGGACGCCGAGAUGGUAAUAUGGUUGGCGGCAUGUCGUCUGGCGGUGGUGUUAUGGGACAUCGUUACAUGAACUACAAUGGAAUGUAUCAACAAAGUAAUGGUUAUAUGGCCGCGAUGCCACCACAGCAUUAUCGAAACAACAACGGAGGAAAUUACUUGCGUCCGGGUCCAGCCAAUUUUUACAAUGGAUACAACAUGCAAACACGUUUUGGCGGACCAGGCGGUGCCAAUAUGGCCGGUGGUUACAAGAAACGAUCCACAGAUUAUCAAAGCAAUUACUAUUCAGGUGGCAAGGAUCGAGGUGAUGCCGCUGAAAAUAAUGGAAUCCGUAAUAACGGCGGUCGUGUCACAUCAACUCCGAACAGUGAUCAGGCACAAAACGUACAAGCAAAUGCAUGUCCAACUGAAGACAUUGCCUCACAGAAUAUCAGUACAACACCAGUGAAUGGACAACCUGUUUACUGUGAGGAUAUCUACGGAAAUAAUAAUGGAGCUAACGGCACAGUUCAAGCAAACAAUGGCACUCAUAAUGCGUCACCACAACCACAAAUUGAAGGAUAUGUAACACCAACUGCAGUCUAUCAACAACAAUCUGUAGGACAACCGAAUAAUGCAGCGGCAACCGUUGUUGCAACCCCACCUAUACAGGCGGCAGCCUAUAUGAUUGACACAACUGGUGUUCAAAACAUAAUGGCUGGACCUUAUGGACAAUAUCCACCAGCAACAUACUAUCAAUAUGCACCACAAACAGCCACUGUUCAGCAGUGAAUUGAUUUAAACAGCGAAUACGGACUUCCGGCAAACCAUACGUUUUUUGUCAAGUCGGUAAGCUCCGUUUAACUUUUUAUUUUUGUUUCAAUUACUUUAAUAUAUAUAAUAAGAGCAACCUUGAACACGUAGGCGUAAUUCUAUAUAUUUUACUUGGAAAACAAACUUGGAUUAAUUAUUUCACAGUAUUUAAUAUGCACUUUGCAUCUGAAUCGUUGAGAAUAAGUUGCAUAUUACCAUUUGGAUUCUGCAUUGGGUGAAAAUGAAUUUAUUGGAUUCUGUACUACCGUUAGUGAAGGUUCAAGGCUGUAGAUAUUGAGUUUGUUUGUGUUUUUGAAGUAAUUUACAUAUAAUGUAAUCUAUUAAUAUAACAUCAAGACAAAUUUGGAAAUGUUAUUCUUCAUACCUUAAUAUCUUUAAACAAAACAAAAAAAAAUCAAGAAGAAAUUAUGAUAAAUGUAUUACGAUAAUAUUAUUAGUGACAAAAGGGGAGUAAUAAUGACCAUUUCUAUGUUUUAUUCUAAAGAGGACUUGCCUUCAAAUUUCCCGAAAUGUAACAGUUUUUAUUUUUCUCAUUGCAUUUCUGUGACGAUUCGAAAAACAAACGCAUUUUUUUUAUAAGCGAUCAAAUCAAGACUCGUUCGUUUUGUUAGUGAUAUCUGAAAGAGGAGAAUAUAGUUUAGUUUUUAACUAAGUCAGUCACCAGUUUAUCAACGCCAAUUACAAAUUUAUAAUUUUCAAAUAAUACAAAAGAAAGGAGUAUUGUUGUUUGAGGAAAAUGUGUACGGGGUUCUCUU